AACUGUAAAAGCCAUUGUUAAAGCUUUCAUCAAACAAACAUCCUCUGUCUCCUCCAAUGGACUGGUUCUCUUGGCUCUCAAGAACCGGCCUCGAUCCACUUUACACUUAUGAAUACGGUCUCCUCUUUGCCCGUAAUGCCCUCAAACCCGAAGACAUUCCUCGUUUCAACCACCAUUUUCUUCAGAAAAUCGGCAUCUCCAUCGCCAAACACCGCCUCGAGAUUCUCAAACUCGCCAAAUCCCACACCCACCAACCCAAUCUCAACAAUCCCCUCAUCUCCGCUUUCUUCAAGACCAAAAUCUGUCUCAGAAACUGUCUCCGCCGCCUAAUUUCCCCCUCCCCCGCCCUGGAGAAGCCCAUCAUUUCCCCUGAGCCACCCCCCUCGUCCCUCGACGAGCCUAAGGUUAAGGUCAAGGAGGUCCUCAAACCCCCGAGACGACGGAGUAAACACGUGUCGCUGUCCGGACCGUUGGAUAGAACGCACGAGAAGUUCGUGAUGAGUAGUAAGAGCUUGAAGUUAUCUGGGCCGUUGGAUAGAAAAGAGAGAGCGCCGUCGUCGCCGUCACCGUCGCCGCUGCCGCCUAUGUUUACUAGAAGCCCAAGAACGUCUGGGCCUUUAGAUGGGAGAAUAUCGGAUUGGAGUUUAAGUAACAAAAGCCCAAAAAUGAAUGGGCCGCCACAAGGGAGAAUGAUGAGGCUGAUUCCUCCAAGUCGAAGCCCAAGAGUAUCUGGGCCGUUGGAUGGAAGAGAUGGAAGCCCAAGAAUUUGUUGUCGGUGUAAUAGGGAAAGAAUGGAAAGUGAGGAUGAUUACCAUUCCUUGUGGGUUUCGUUGUUUUAUGACAUGAAGCCAACUUGAAUUCAUGAAUGUUCUUCUCUUUUUUCUUUUCUUCUUUUUAUAUGUGAUGUGUGCAUUUGAUUUGAAUGCCAAUGCAAUGCAACUAAAUGAAAGUUGUCUAUUGAAUUUUUUGUACAACACAAGCUUGUUUUUUUAAUUGAUUUGGAAUUAAUAUA